AUUCACCUCCACCAUGACUUUAAGCUCAGUUCCUCCAAAUACCUGCUCAAUUCCAUACCAUCCCAUCCCCGGCCCUUAACACCAUCUUAAAUAUCAUCUACAUAUCAAAAUGUCCGUCGCCGACCAAGUCCAGCUCGACAACUUCGGCUCCAUCUUCUCCCUCGAGGGCAAAGUCGCCGUCGUAACCGGCGGCUCCAGAGGUCUAGGCCUACACGCUGCCAGCGGAUUGCUCCAAGCAGGCUGCUCGAAAGUCUACAUCACAUCUCGCAAAGCCCAGGCCUGCGAUGAGGCCGUUGCGGCCCUCAAUGCCCUCCCGAACAAGAGACCCGGCGCACAGGCCAUCUCAGUGGCGGCCGAUAACUCGAAGAUCUCUGAACUGGACAGACUCGUUGAGGAAGUGAAGAAGACCACGGACCAUGUGGACAUUCUGUUUGCGAAUGCGGGGGCUACCUGGGGCGAGAAGUUCGACACACACCCUGAGAAGAUGUUCUCGAAGGUUAUGGAUUUGAACGUGAAGAGUGUGUUUUAUCUGGUGCAGAAGUUUGCUCCUCUGCUUACUGUUAAGGCUACGCGCGAGGAACCUUCAAGAGUCAUCGUCACUGGCUCUGUUGCUGGACUGGGCGUCGGUAGUCUCGGGGAGAACGCCACUUUCAGCUACUCUGCUUCCAAGGCGGCGGUCAUUCAUUUGACCAAGAACUUGGCUGUCGAGCUGGGUCCCAGGCAUAUCCUGUGCAAUGCCAUUGCCCCUGGCUUCUUCCCGUCGAAGAUGGCCGAUGGCCUGAUUAAUCUCCAGGGUGGGUUGAAGUCGCUCGAGGACCAUUCCCCCAACAAGAGACUGGGUCGACCCGAGGAUAUUGCCGGUUUGGUCGUGUUCCUCGGAAGUCGGGCAGCCAGCCAUCUGAAUGGAGCGGUCAUUGCGACGGAUGGUGGAAGCCACUUGAAGGGAAAGCUUUAAAUCCUAUCUAAAUCAAUCUUUGGUGUGUUAAUUUUUAUCGCUAUACUUUGCGAGCGUAUGUAGUUUGUAUUUGAUGUCUCGUCAUAUUUGGAAGUACUUGAACAUAUGGAUAUGUUUAGAGCUAGCUCUACAGCUUGGCUG